CUAGUGCCCGCCCUAUGCCGAUCCCAGCCAAUCAGUGCCAGCCAUACUCUCCCUGCCCAAUCAGCGAGACAGGAGGCGGGGUCUGGGAGGCGGAGUCGGCGGCGGUCGAGGAACUGCUGCGGAGUCUCCGCGUCUCUCACGGGCGAGGCAGUCGGUGGCCGGGGCUCCAGGACUUACGUAAAUUGGGGCCGGACUGCGUCCCAGGCUGCGCGUCCUCUCCGGGCUGCCGUAGGCGCUGGAGCCGGCGGGCACGUGACCGGCGCUGCGCCAUGGCGGCCCCCAAGCCGCUGUCUCGCUUCUGGGAGUGGGGGAAGAACAUCGUCUGUGUCGGGAGGAACUAUGCCGACCACGUCCAGGAGAUGCGCAGCGCCGUGCUCAGCGAGCCGGUGCUCUUUCUGAAGCCGUCCACCGCGUACGCGCCCGAGGGGUCGCCGGUCCUCCUGCCUUCCUACAGCCGCAACGUGCACCACGAGUUGGAGCUGGGCGUCGUCCUGGGCCGGCGCGGCCGCGCCGUCCCCGAGUCCGCCGCCAUGGACUAUGUGGCCGGCUAUGCCCUGUGCCUCGACAUGACCGCCAGGGACGUGCAGGACGAGUGCAAGAAGAAGGGGCUGCCCUGGACCCUCGCCAAGAGCUUCACGGCCUCCUGCCCGGUCAGCGCCUUCGUGCCCAAGGAGAAGAUCCCUGACCCUCACGCCCUGAAGCUGUGGCUCAAGGUCAAUGGGGAGCUCAGGCAGAAAGGGGAGACGUCCUCCAUGAUCUUCUCCAUCCCCUACAUCAUCCACUACGUCUCCAAGAUAAUCACCUUGGAGGAAGGGGACCUGAUCUUGACGGGGACGCCGAGCGGUGUUGGGCCAGUGAAAGAAAACGAUGAGAUUGAGGCUGGCAUAGACGGAGUUGUCAGUAUGAAGGUUAAGGUGGAAAGAUCAGAAUAUUGAGCCUGUACAAAGCACCCUCACUUCAGGGCCGGGAGAGAAGGAAGGUAGAAGAAGAAGAAGAAGAAAAAAAAAAAAAAGAAUUCUUUUGGCGGCGCUGGUUUGAGCUCCUAAUGGUGCUGGCUAAGACCAGCUCCAUCAUUUAAGCCACGCCCCCCGCCUCUCCGCGGUAGUUUUCAGACAAGGCCUCAGUUGUUACCGACUUUGGGCCUCUUAUAGCUAGGAUGAGAAAAAUGGACCACCACACCCGACUUCUGCUGUUCAGAUGGGGUCUGGAUAAAUUUUUGCCCAGCUGACCUCCAACCAGGAUCCUCCAGACCUUGUCCUAGGUGUACGGGAUUACAAGAGUGAGUGCCGGCACCUGGUGAGCAAAGGUUAUGAAAUGUGACCAUCUUAUAAUAGAAACCAAUUCUGGAAAAGGACUAGAUUGGAUUGCUAGGGCUCAAUCAAGAAAGAUGUACCCUUCAAAAAAAAAAAAAAGUGACCUGAGACAGAAAUGGGAAUAGACAAUUUGUGAUGCUUCUGAGAGAAUAUUCCAAACUAAAUCUUCAAAAGUCCAAAUUUCCUUCCUUAAAACUGAACGGAAUAGGAUUUCAGUAAGUCAUGCUGACGUUUAGACACUGCAAAACAAAAAAGAGUGGAAGUCAUGUUUUAUGGCAGUGUUUCCCAAACUUCCUUGAAUUUGAUAGUCAUCAGAGGUGUUUGUAAAAGUGAAAACUUCCAAAUUUCUGAGUUCAACCCUGUUGAACUAGCCCGUGGGAUUAAUUUGGAAAAAACAUUUGCAGAGCACUCCAGUUGGCUUUUCUCAGGGAAAGGCAGAAUAACUAUUCCAUAUAAUUAGUGAAAGUUUGAAGUUUUGUUAAGAUUUCCCAUGCUUAUUUUGGGCAUCUGUCCCGAUCUACAGAUUUUGUGUUGGAGAGAUAAUUUUUAAAUUGCUUUAUUUUCCAAAUAAAUACAGGGUUUUAGGUGGUU